UGUUGGCAGCAGUGGUGCUUGAAGUUUGUCGUGUGAAGGAUUUUCGAUUUAUUUGUCUCCUCUGCGGGGUUCAGCCGCUUGUAAAAGGAAGGAAUUGACUGCUGAAACCUGUCCGCAAUGAUAAAACCGUACAGAUAACGCGAUCGUAUAAAAUGUUGAAUUAUUUUACGGAGUGUUCAUUCUUCAAGUUACUACUUUUUUAUCGCACAUUCAGUUCAGUGUUAUGAUCGCGUCAUAGCGCACGUCUCCACCAAAAAACCAGUCGAUAUUAUGCGGCCCGAACGCGACAGCUACAUAAGGAUACAAUUAUGAUGUCUAUGGUGUAUACGGUGUAUGGUUUUGCCAUAUUUUUUAUGAUUGCGUGGGUGUGUCUGUGGUUAAUUCAUAUAAUGGCUUAUUCAUACUCGAAGUGGAAGCUCCAUCGGACAGUUGACCGGUCUCCGCCUGAACAGCCGUACCCCGGUGUGUCGAUCCUGAAGCCGCUCACUGGGGUCGAUCCCAACCUGUUCUCGAACUUGGAAACGUUUUUCACGUUGGACUAUCCUAUGUACGAGUUACUAUUCUGUGUAGAAAACGAACACGAUCCAGCAGUGAUGUUAGUGAACAGUUUAAUUCACAAGCACCCACACAUAGACGCUCGUUUGUUCACGGGUGGGCUGCGGGUCGGCGUGAACCCGAAGAUCAACAACAUGCAGCCGGCGUACUUGGCGGCAAAGUACCCGCUGGUGCUGAUCAGCGACGCGGGCAUCCGCAUGCGCGACGACUCGCUGCUGGAUAUGGUGCAGCACAUGCGGGACGACGUCGCCAUCGUGCACCAGAUGCCCUUCGUGUGCGACGCCGAGGGGUUCGCGGCGGUCUACGAGAAGGUGUUCUUCGGCACGGCGCAGGCGCGCAUGUACCUGGGCGCCGACUUCAUGGGCAUCAACUGUCAUGUGGGCAUGUCGUCGCUGGUGCGGCGCUGCGCGCUGGAGGAGGCGGGCGGGCUGCGCGCCUUCGCCGACUACCUGGCGGAAGACUACUUCAUGGCGAAGGACAUCGUGUCGCGCGGCUGGAAGAUGCGCGUGAGCUCGCUGCCGGCGCUGCAGAACUCGGGCACGCGGUCGGUGGGCGCGCUGCAGGCGCGGCUGCGGCGCUGGGCGCGGCUGCGCAUCGCCAUGAUCCCCACGACGGCGAUGCUGGAGCCGCUCAGCGAGUGCAUGCCGCUGGGCGCCGGCGCGGCCUGGGCGGCGGGGCAGCUGUUCGGCGCCGAGCCGCUGCCGUUCUUCCUGGUGCAUGUGCUAGUGUGGUUCCUCUCGGACUGGCUGAUGCUGCGGUCAGUGCAGAACGGCUCGCCGCCGUUCACCAAAGUGCAGUUCUUGCUGGGCUGGGUGUGGAGCGAGUGCUGCGCGCCGUUCGUGCUGGCCGCGGCACUGCUCAGCCCCGAGAUCUCGUGGCGGACUCGCAGUUACCGGCUGGACUGGGGCGGCCGCGCCCAUGAACUCAAUCCUAAACUCAAGUUCUGAGCCCCAUCCCUCCCUCAUACUCGAAAGCUUUAAUUUGGUGAAUGUUUACGUUUUACCAGUGUAUCAUAGUCUGUUUGAGAGCGACUGAAUUUCAGAUGUGUGUUUAUAGUUAAUAUAGUAUUAAGUUUUUAUUAUAAUUUCUAUGAUGUUAGUUUUGAAACGAACAGUGGUUGAUUGUUGCUUUUGUUUUAGAAAGAUUUGUACAUUUGUUAGUUCAAAGAUGCAUCACACAUUUUAUUUAUUUUUGGUAAUUUAUUUAUACCUGGCCAGGUAUGUCACUUCCUGUACUGAAUUGUUUGUCAUGACAGAAAUGGUUGCGUGGUGUACAAGUAUAAUGAAGUGAGUCAUUGCUUAUCUGAUAUGUUUGGUCCUCUGUUGUGAUUCAAUAUGUUUUCACAUGAAACUUGUACGACAUAUGAUUAGGUGUUCAUUGAAUAUUAAUCUCAUUACGAAGGUAUUUGUUAUUGUAACUAUAACAGAUAGCCAGUUCUGUGUACCUUGAGUAAAUAUGUAAAAUAUUGAAAUGUGAUAAGUUCUAGCAUAGUUACCUAAACUGCAUGAUUCUGAAACUCAAUACGUACCUAUUUGUAUCAUACCUAUGUGUAAUUCCCGCAAACAAUUAAUGUUGUAAUACCUUAUUCUAAAUAAAAGAAGUACAGGGUUAUACUCUAAAGAAUACAUUGUGAUCAACUA